CCGUCACGUAAUACCCAUCCAGCAUUGACAAAUUUCACUAAACACCUCCACCCUGCAAGUUGAUUUAUAAAUCCACAUGAAUGAUUCCAUUUGUCUGAUGAACUGAACAUACCAAAAUGGAACCAAGUUUUCAAUCAUUAUCAUGUGCCGCUGCGCUCUUUCUAAGUAUUGCUGCACUCUACUACUACCUCUCAUCAAAACCAAAUUCCCACCGCAACCUCCCACCAACCCCACCGUCUCUUCCCAUCAUAGGCCACCUCCACCUCAUCAGACCGCCUCUCCACCGCACCCUCCACCGCCUCUCCCAAUCCCUCGGCCCGGUUUUCUCCCUCCGGUUCGGCUCCCGCCCCGUCGUGGUCGUGUCCUCCCCUCCCCUUGUUGAGGAAUGCUUCACGAGAAACGACGUCGUCCUGGCCAACCGCCCCAAGUUCCUCAGCGGCAAGUACUUCAGCUACAACUACACCGGCAUCGCCACCGCCCCCUACGGCGACCACUGGCGCAACCUCCGCCGCCUCAUGUCCCUCGAGAUCUUCUCCGCGAGUCGACUCAACGAUUCCUUACCCAUUCGCCAAUCCCAAGUCGAGCUCCUACUCCUUGACCUGUGCAGAAACUCGUCCGUGAACUUCUCGAGCGUCGAGUUGAAGUCAAAGCUUUCGGAGCUGAGCUUCAACGUGAUCAUGAGAAUGAUCGCCGGAGAGCGGUGUUCCGAGGAGGCGGGGGAGUUUCGGGGUCUAGUGGGAGAGGCGUUCGAGUUGUGCGACGCGGCGAAUCCGGGCGACUUCGUGCCGGUUUUGCGGUGGGUUGACUUCGGAGGUUACGAGAAGAAUCUGAAGAGGAUUCACGGGAGGCUUGAUGCGUUUUUCCGACAUCUGAUCGACGAGCAUCGGCUCGAUAAGGGUAAUGAUUCCAUGAUCGAUCAUUUGCUUUCCCUGCAAGAAUCGCAGCCGGAAUAUUAUACUGAUGAGAUUAUUAGAGGGCUUAUAUUGGCUGUGAUACUUGCAGGUACCGAUACUUCAGCGGUGACAAUGGAAUGGGCAAUGGCGUUAUUAGUUAACCACCCAGAGGUGUUAAAGAAAGCUAGAGCCGAGUUAGAUGCUUAUGUGGGGCAAGAUCGCUUGGUUGACGAAUCAGACCUCUCAAAACUAAAUUACCUCCAAGCCAUCAUCUUGGAAACUCUUCGAUUGUUUCCGGCCGCACCACUCUUAGUACCGCACAUGCCAUCUAGUGAUUGUACAAUCGGAGGAUUCGAUGUACCGCGCGGCACGAUAUUGUUGGUCAAUGCAUGGGCCAUUCACAGGGAUCCUGAGCUUUGGGAUGACCCCAUAAGCUUCAAUCCCGAGAGGUUUAAAGAUGGCGAAGUGGAAGGACACAAGUUAAUGCCAUUCGGGAUGGGACGGAGGGCCUGUCCAGGGUCAAGCCUGGCCCAACGUGUUGUGGGUCUGGUCUUGGGUUCGUUGAUCCAGUGUUUUGAAUGGGAGAGGGUAAGUGAGGAGGCUGUUGAUCUUAGUGAAGGCAAAGGGCUAACCAUGCCUAAACUAGAGCCAUUGGAAGCCAUGUGUAAAGCACGAGCCAUCAUGAGAAAGGUUCUCUCUAAAUGACCAAAUUACUGGUACUUUAUGCUCUGUUUGGAACCUGUGGAAAGAAAAUGAAAAGACCUUUUCCAUUGUUUGGUUUGAAGAGAAAGAGUGAAGAAAAUAAAAAUUUCAAGUGUAGUGAAUAGUAAACUUUCCUUCUCAUUUUCCUUC